UUACUUGCCGAUCAAAAACAUCCCAAAAUUGAUCCCAGACACUCGCAGCAACAUGAGAAACAAUCACAGCAUCCAGAACAAUCACAGCAUCCAGAAAAAUCACAUCCAGAACAAUCACAGCAUCCAGAAAAAUCACAUCCGGGACAAUCAGAGCAUCCAGGACCUUCACAGGCUUGGAAACAAACACAGCAAUCGUAACCGCACAAACAAGGAGCCACAUCCGUGCGCGUCUGCUCCGCUUUAUUCUGAUCUUUCUUCAGUUUGACCUGUUCUUCCGCUGUAGGAUUGCAUUCCUCCAUUGCUUAAUGUCCAACCUGUGUCUAAAGCUAAACUAAAACAAUGGGAAGCUUGAGGUUCCAUGCAUUUCUCCUGCUGCUCUUGUACACUACUGUGGUGCAGAUAAGUGCAGUAGCGACACACAUGGGCUUGUUUCCUGAAGCUGCUGAUUACUCGUUCUACAACUGUCGGAAAGAGAUGCUGCAAAUGGUCACAAAGAGUGGAGGUCUGCUGCAGACAGAGCUCAACAACAAUAAGGAUUUUAAAACUAUGUGGAAAAACACAACAUGCAAAAAGGCCAUUCCUGGGAGUACACCGGAGCACAUGACUGCGCUGAAGAGCUAUGUUGAAGCUUCUUCUGAAUUUCGUAAAACAUUCAAGAAGUCGGUUCAGAACCACAACAAGAGCAGAUCAACUUACAGAGAUGAGUUUCCUUUCAAAUCUCUUUUCUUCCUGCUGACAGAUGCCAUGAAUCUCACAGACCACAAGGAAUGUCCUACAGUGUACUCUGGCACAGGGAAGGGAUAUAUAACCAAAAUUGGAGAGAAAGUACGUUUUGUGAGUUUUUUUCCAGCAAAACUGAAAUCUGCUGAUGCAACUGAAGAUGCAAGUAUAGGUGAAGACACUGGGACUGUUUUCAGCAUCAAUUCUUGUUCUGUGAUCAAUCUUGAUGAUUAUGGGUGUAGUUCAGAGGAAAUAUAUGCACUAAUAUCACCCACUGAAGUUUUCACAGUUAAGAAUAUCAAAACUGUUAAGAAUAAUGAUGAUGAGUUUAAAGAGAUCAUCUUGGUGCAUUCUCACUUUCACAGUUCUUCUGACUGCAGUGGCCUUGUCAGCUCACCAGAAGAAUCUAAAGAAUCAUCGUCAAGUUUCCUGAGUUCCAGUUUCCUGAAUCUGACGGCUUCCUUUCUCAUGCUGUGCUUCUACACGCUGAUUCUCAGAUAAACUCUGUUUAUUAUCAGAAAUGCAUGAAUAUUAAAAGUUACAUUCAUUCUCUUAAUAAAUGUUUACCACAUUCAGUGUUCUUGACUUAUAAGGUUGAAUUAAUCACAAUAAUAAAUUACUUUUAUUAUUCAUUUUAA